UAAAUAUUUCUCGCUAUAAUUAAUAUUUCUUGGGCAAACUCAUCUGAUGCCAUAGAUAACCACAGAAAUAAUAAGAAACAGUAAUAUUAUAUAGAGUUCUACAGAGCUUGAAUAGAGAACUGAGAGUGUGUAGGGUUAUUGGAAAGUGUGGAAGUGGUUUAGGUGGCAGUGUGCAGAGUUCAGACCGACGUCAGUCUUACAUGAAAAAGACGCUCUGGUGUAUGACCAUAAAAAUAUCUGUGUGGAUUUCAAAAUGAAGCCUGUUCUGAUCGCAGUGUUUUUUAUCAAUUUGUCCACCUCUAUUCAGGAAGAAAGUCAGGGCCGUUUACGUCCAGCGUAUAUUUACAAUGCUGGAGUGACCAAAGUGAAGGAAAGUGAAAACAUCACCUUUAAGUGCAGAAAUCCUAAUAAAACAGAAAGCGCAUUCCACAUGUACCUCUUCAAAAAUAAUGAGAAAUUCAAGAUGAACCGUAUUGAAGAUACAAAAAGUGACGAUACAGUAUUUCUCCUUACCAAUCUUACUGUAGAACAUUCUGGAUCGUACACAUGUCUUUACUCUGUAGAGAAACUCAGUGUCAUUAAGACAAAUGAAACAGGACUCAACUCUGUCUCACUUGAGGUUUGGGCAAGGAUUGAAAGUACAGAAACUUCAGUAACAAAAGGAGAAACAAAAGUAAACACCAGCUUUGUUCAAGUACAUGAAAAAGGUUUUGGUUUUUGGAGUUUGAUUAUCAGUGUAUCGGUUGCUGUGUCAGUGGUUCUGUUGGUUCUGUUGGGAUUGUGCUACUGUCGAAACAUUCUCUCUUUCAGGAUAUGUCAAGAUCCUGAUGUAAGAAACAAUCCAAACAAUGAGCAUUUCUACCAUGAGAUCGCAACAGAUACACACUACACUGUUGAAAAUGGAGUGCUACGCUUCAGUGAAGGUCCGGUGGAAGAUUUGGCUGACAACGUAAAUAAUCUAUACAGCAAAGUACAAAUGUUUGAAGUUCCUUUACAAGAUGAACAACCUGCGGACAAAUACAUGGAGUCAAAUAUAGAUGAAGUCUGUUACGACAGUGUAAAAGCUCCAUACGCUGCAAUACAGAAACGUAAAGUUAACGCAGGAGGUAAUGGACAUGAUGUGCUUGUGCCUUGUAAAAUAUCGUCAAUGAUGAGCAGCAGAUGAGGAGGCAAUGCAAAGCUUUAGUUAUGAAACCAAUGUGAUCUGCAGCCUGGAGAAGCACUGAGGUACAAAAGCCAGCAACCAAAACCACACAGGACAUCCAACCGAAGACCAGCUAACUGUUUUCACACACACCUUUUAUAGUGAAAGCGUCUCUUUGUGAAGAUAGAGACUUAACAUCGAGAAACGCUACGUUAUACAGUACAUAAACAGGAUGCAUUGUUCCAAACCACAAUGUAGAGGAGUAUUUUGUGUAGUAGAUCUGUACUGAGAUCUGCUGGUUUUUUUAAGAUAACACAGCAGAUAAUUGUUGUACUGUAUAAGUACACCAUCUUUAAUGUUUUAUUCUGUAACUUUCAUGAUAUAAUUCAAUUUUUCCUGGAUUUCAUGGAUUUGUGUCAUAUUUAAUUGACCGUUAGAUUAACUGAAACGUCAUAUGGAAUAAAAAAGUCAUUUGGAUAAGUACUGUAAAAUGUUACAUGUCUUUCAUUCACUGCAAAAAUAUGUUAAAUAUAAUCAAUAUAAAUAUUUUAUCUAUUAUUUUUUUUCCUAUAUAAUAUUACAAUAAUCCUCAUCUGAGAUUAUUUAACAUUUUUUCCUCAUUUUAUUUCUAUUAGCAGAUCAUCUGUUUAUUUCAGAAUAAAAGCAUUGUUAUCUGUCAGUAGAAUAAAAUCAUUUAAUGCUUGAAAUGAGCAGAAAAUCAUCAAGGACGAAUAA